CUUUUUGAGCGAGCUUUCUGAAGAAUCUUGUCUACUGUAGAAACAUGGCGGCUUUCAAGAGAAAACGUGGAGUGCAUGUUACAGCUGAAAAAACAACAAAAAAGGUUAAAUUCGUCGCAGAUGAUGGGAACACCGAACAGAACGCGGUAAAUGAAAUAGUCGUCCCUAAGCCGGUUUCCAUGGGAAAAUGGACCAACAAGGAACGGGUUCUUAUUUUCUCCUCCAGAGGAAUCAACUUCAGGACGAGGCAUCUGAUGCAGGACUUGAGGACCUUGAUGCCUCAUUCAAAAGCAGAUACAAAAAUGGACAGGAAGGAUAAGCUGUUUGUUGUCAAUGAGGUCUGCGAGAUCAAGAACUGCAAUAAAUGCCUCUUUUUUGAAGCCAAAAAGAAGCAGGAUCUCUACAUGUGGAUCUCUAAUUGCCCGCAUGGACCUUCUGCAAAGUUUCUGGUUCAGAACAUUCAUACUCUGGCUGAACUCAAGAUGACAGGAAACUGCUUGAAGGGAUCCAGACCGCUGCUCUCGUUUGAUCCUACAUUCGAUAAGGAGCCCCACUAUGCUUUACUGAAGGAACUUUUUAUUCAGACCUUUUCCACUCCCCGCUAUCACCCAAAGAGCCAGCCCUUUGUGGACCAUGUCUUCACCUUCUCCAUCGCAGAUAACAGAAUAUGGUUCCGAAACUACCAGAUCAUUGAAGAGGACGCCUCAUUGGUGGAGAUUGGGCCUCGAUUUGUCCUCAACCUCAUUAAGAUUUUUCAAGGAAGCUUUGGAGGACCGACACUCUACGAAAAUCCAAACUUCAAGUCUCCUAACUUGCACCGGCGACAGCUCCGCCUGGCGGCUGCAGCAAAGGUCCGUGAGAAGCAGACUUUAAAGGAGAUGCAGAAAGUGAAGAGGAGCGCCGCCAAAGAGGAUUUGGAGAAAGAUGUCACAGCUGACGUCUUUGUGACACCGGCCGACAAAAAACCUGUUGAAAUUCAGACGGAGCCCCCUGAGCCUAAAGCUGAGAAGAAGCACAAAUUCAAACCGUCCAAGAGGCAACGGCAGCAGAUGGCGCGCAGAUAAUGGGAUUGAGCUGAGAUUGAAGAACUUUCUCUCAUCCAAAUCACCCGCAGAGAAAACAUGAUUCCCCCCGAAUUUUUUUUUUGUAAUUCUCCAAGUUUUCCUCCUGAAGAAAAUGUUUGUCUCAAGUGUAUUACAACAAUUUAUGAACCGACAACUUCUGCUUUGUUUUAAUUUGGCAGUAAAGCAAGAAUUAAUUGUUGUGAUGUGUGUACCGGUACAUUAAAUAAGACCCAAAAGCC